AUGCAGAUUUGCAUGGGGGCCCCGCCCUCCUCUGGGGCAGAGGGAGUAAGACAGGGCUGUGGCCAGGCCCAGUGCUGGGGUCUCUGGAGGCAGCGCUCUCAGGACGUCCCCACCAUGGCCUGGGCUCUGCUCCUCCUCACCUUCCUCACUCAGGGCACAGGAUCCUGGGCUCAGUCUGCCCUGACUCAGCCUCCCUCAGUGUCCGGGUCUCCUGGACAGUCGGUCACCAUCUCCUGCACCGGAACCAGCAGUGAUGUUGGGGGUUAUAAUGCUGUGUCUUGGUUCCAGCAGCACCCAGGCAAAGCCCCCAAACUCAUGAUUUAUGAUGUCAGCAGUCGGCCUUCAGGGGUCCCUAAUCGCUUCUCUGGCUCCAAGUCUGGCAACACGGCCUCCCUGACCAUCUCUGGGCUCCAGGCUGAGGACGAGGCUGAUUAUUACUGCAGCUCAUAUGCAGGCAGCUACACUUGGGUGUUCGGCGGAGGGACCACGCUGACCGUCCUAGGUCAGCCCAAGGCCGCCCCCUCGGUCACUGUGUUCCCGCCCUCCUCUGACGAGCUCCAAGCCAACAAGGCCACGUUGGUGUGCCUCAUAAGUGACUUCUACCCGGGAGCCGUGACAGUGGCCUGGAAGGCAGAUGGCAACACCGUCACGGAUGGAGUGGAGACCACCAAACCCUCCAAACAGAGCAACAACAAGUACGCGGCCAGCAGCUACCUGAGCCUCACGCCGCAGCAGUGGAAGUCUCGCAGCAGCUACAGCUGCCACGUCACGCACGAGGGGAAAACCGUGGAGAAGACAGUGGCCCCUUCAGGAUGUUCUUAGGCCCCCAACCCUCACCCCACCCAUGGGGCCUGCAGCUGCAGAAUCCCAGGACAGAUUCCCUCCCACCCCAAGUCGUCCAGCCCUUCUGCCUACACCCAAUAAACUCUCAAUAAAUGUCAUCCUUGUCAAUCAGAAAA